AUGGGGACCUCGCAGUUGACACUCCCAACCAGCCCUGAGUUUAGCUCAAGGGAGCGUAUUGCAAACCAUAUUGAGCUGAUGCGAAGGUUCAAAUGCAUUUUGGACGAUGCCGAGCAACCUAGCAGGCCCACGCAGGCAUGCCCGCCCCCUCCGCCUCGUAUUUUAGGUCAAAAAGACGAGGCCAAAUGGAAUGUGCAAUGCCUGCUUAUGAGCGCUGAGAUCCGGUAUUCGAUGUACCUUCGAAUUUUAGCAAGAUGGAUUACGUCUCGUGAUUUUCAAUCAUCUAGGGAUGAGUGGCCACUCCCACCAUGGGACGUUGCUAUUAUAUUAUAUGCUCAUCUUCUGUCACCGUUCAAUUUCCAGAGAGACAUUGAAUCGCAUUUCCCAAGUCUUUGGAGAGCAGAGAUCGAAUUUCCUCUCGCAGGGAUGCUCUCUACCAAUACAGAUGAAGCCAGUAAACGUAUGUGGCAAAAAGGAUAUCCCGAUACUCCUUAUCAGAUUGUCGACUUCACUCCUGCUGGGGAACUCAUGUACGUCACUGAGAAUGGCAUGGAUAUCCACGGCUAUAAAUGUCGCUCGACGGACUGCGCGGGGAAAGGAGCAUAUGUCAUCCCCAUGACCGAAUGGCCUCAAUUCCGGGUUGGCCGCGCCGAAUUUGUCUGUCCGGGCUGUAAGACGAGGACCAGACCCACCAAGGCCACCCCUGUGCUUGAACUCUGCCGUCGUGCCUUCGGAUUCUCCAUCUUCGACUUGUGGGACAGCCCUCAACGACAGUUCGGUAAACAAGGAUUUGUGGAUCGGAUUUUAGCCUUGACCCAGACUCAAAGCCAGUUGCCAGACCAUGUCUUCCGCUAUCUUAAAUUCUUACAGCUCAUGAAAGAAAACAAAUCUGCCACUCUUGUCCCAACGCUCGACAUCGAUCUUCUUUGGCAUACACACCAGCUCUCGCCGGUCGCAUACGAAAAGUACUGCAACACCCACGUAGGCCGACGAAUUAACCACGUCGAUACCAUCCACGCAACGAGGCGCUCUCCAAGGGAGGACGAUACGGCAAGCCUUUGGGCGAUGCGAUAUGGCGAGUCGUACUUUGACCCGCAAAACACGGUCAAGACUGCCGAGAUCGAAAAACGCAAAGCCGCGUAUCAAAAGGACUUGGAGGGCAUAGGAACUAAGCUGGCCGCGUACGACGACGAUCGCAAACAUCUAAAGACGGCACUAGAUGAGGUAAAUGAUCGUCUAGAAACUAAGCUCACUGCUUAUCGCGAAGCGCAAGACGCGGCCACGGCGCUGAGCACGAAGUUGGCGGGUAUACAGACGUCUAUAGAGUCUAUCAAGCCAACACUGCGGCUGCUGACGCUACGUUACUACCGUCAGCCCCGAAGGCAGCAUCUUAAGGAGCUGCAGAAAGAGCUCACGUUGUUAACUGAGCAGCGCUUAUAUAGGGCGCGCGAGGUGGACAGUCGCUACCAGGAGUAUAGCUUUGUGUACCGAAAGCAAGGUCAGAAAUUACGCUUAUGGGAGGAGGCACAGAGGGACAGGCGGCGCCUAGAGCAGCGGCUUACGCUUGAGGUGGCAAAGUCGAAAGCGGAGAUCUGGCAUUUCAAUGUCAGCAGAGGAGAGCAACAGCAUCAGGAGGACCGGUACAAUGGGUCGUGGUACUCUAUUGUGCCGUCAGAGGCGCAACUCGAUGUGCAUCCCAUCCUGGAUACAUGGGGUAUUCUGGGGGCGGCGGAUGUGGUGAAGGAAGUGGUACUGCUGGAGGGUGCGCUGGAGGAUGUGGAGGAGGAAGUGGUACUGGAGGAGGAUGCGGAGGAGGAUGCGGAGGAGGAUGCGGAGGAGGAUGCGGAGGAGGAUGCGGAGGAGGAUGCGGAGGAGGAUGCGGAGGAGGAUGCGGAGGAGGAUGCGGAGGAGGAUGCGGAGGAGGAUGCGGAGGAGGAUGCGGAGGAGGAUGCGGAGGAGGAUGCGGAGGAGGAUGCGGAGGAGGAUGCGGAGGAGGAUGCGGAGGAGGAUGCGGAGGAGGAUGCGGAGGAGGAUGCGGAGGAGGAUGCGGAGGAGGAUGCGGAGGAGGAUGCGGAGGAGGAUGCGGAGGAGGAUGCGGAGGAGGAUGCGGAGGAGGAUGCGGAGGAGGAUGCGGAGGAGGAUGCGGAGGAGGAUGCGGAGGAGGAUGCGGAGGAGGAUGCGGAGGAGGAUGCGGAGGAGGAUGCGGAGGAGGAUGCGGAGGAGGAUGCGGAGGAGGAUGCGGAGGAGGAUGCGGAGGAGGAUGCGGAGGAGGAUGCGGAGGAGGAUGCGGAGGAGGAUGCGGAGGAGGAUGCGGAGGAGGAUGCGGAGGAGGAUGCGGAGGAGGAUGCGGAGGAGGAUGCGGAGGAGGAUGCGGAGGAGGAUGCGGAGGAGGAUGCGGAGGAGGAUGCGGAGGAGGAUGCGGAGGAGGAUGCGGAGGAGGAUGCGGAGGAGGAUGCGGAGGAGGAUGCGGAGGAGGAUGCGGAGGAGGAUGCGGAGGAGGAUGCGGAGGAGGAUGCGGAGGAGGAUGCGGAGGGGGAUGCGGAGGGGGAUGUGGUGGUGGUUAAGGAUUGCGUGAGAAUCUUGUUCAAUUAA